AUGGAAUCCCCAACUUUUGCCGUUCCCUCGCACAAAAUCCACACAUGCCUCUGGUUCGAAAAGGACGCCAUCAAGGCCGCCGAGUUUUAUGUUUCCCUCUUUAAAAACUCUCGCAUAGUGAACAGCAAUGAUACCCUGGUCACAUUCAUUCUCGACGGACAAGAGAUAUCCCUCCUGAAUGGCGGUACUUAUUACACCCUUUCCCCGGCCGCGUCCCUUUUCACUAUUUGCGACGAUCAGGACGAGGUUGACCGCCUGUGGGCCGCGUUGGUGGCGGAUGGUGGAAAGGAGUCGCAGUGUGGUUGGCUCACUGAUAGAUUUGGUGUCUCGUGGCAGAUUGUGCCGAGAUGCUUGUUGGAGUUGAUGGGGGAUUCUGACAAGGCCAAGGCAAAGAGGGUCACUGAUGUGAUGCUCAAGAGCGUUAAGUUUGACAUUGAGGCGUUGAAGAAAGCAUAUGAAGGAAGCGAUUGA